AUGUCUUUCUUCGAACUGGCCGCCAAGUUUGGCGGUCUCAGCACCCAAGAGUCGGAUGACCACGAAGGCUACACAGGGCCCAGAGACUACGGCUACACCCAGACCACCGCUUACGAGAGCGGCUACGAUGGCGCCCCACCGACAGGCUACCCCAGCGGCCCCCAGCGAGGCCAGGCCGAAUACAAACGGUCCCACGAGGGCUACAGCACGAGUGACCCGGCAAGGGCCUAUGUUCAAGACAGCGCAUAUGCCGCGCCGCCGCCGGCAGAUGAAUACCACCCCCAGCAGUCUGACUUUGGUGGCCGCGACUGUCGUCCUGGCUCGCCGGCGCUGCCUGACGGCUGGAUCAAGCGCUUCGACGAGCGGCAUGGGAGAUGGUACUACGUGGACGAGACAACAGGCACAUCCCAAUGGGAGCCUCCCAAGACGGCUGUUGAUGAUGGAGAAUACGGCGGCUCGCAGCAUGCUUCGAAGGACCAGGUCUACGACGCUCAUUCAGGCGCUGGUGAAGCAGCUGGCUACUACGCUGGACACCAUUAUGGGCAGAAUGCCGCCCUGUAUGGACAGGCCCCUGUGCAAGACUACCGAUUCGGCCAACACGGUGGCGCGUCCUAUGCCGAAGGGUAUCACGGCCUAGAACAGCAUAGACCUAACCUGGCGGAAAAGCGCCAAGGAAGUGGGUACGGCGGUGCUCUCCUGGGUGUCGCCGGCGGCUUAGCUGUUGGAGCAGUGGGCGGAGCUCUCCUUGCCAACGCUCUAGGUUCUGAUUCCGAACCCGAAGCUGCAGAGGCCCCUGUCGAAUAUGCUCACAGGCCAUAUGACGAGGCAAGAUACGACAGUCAUGACUAUGGAGCGCCGGUUGCAUAUGAAGACGAUCGAGAUUUCGCUCCAUAUGAAGAGCAGAAGCCGUCACCUGUCUCUGACAGCGAAGAGUCUCAGGAAGAUACCGGGUCGUCUGAGUCCGAGUCUGGAGACGAUGAAGUAGAAGCAGAGGAAGAAUUUGAGAAGCAAAGUUCUCAUGAGUCUCCUGGCUCUGAGUCAGGCGAUGACGAUGGUUCUGGCCAUGAAGAUGAGGAUCAGGAGUACCCAAGUGGUGAUGACGACGAAUGGUCGGGAGAGGAAUAA